AUGUCUUCGGAAUGGAUCAGAAACGCAAGAGCAGGCGAGAAGAGGCGGUGCGAUGAAGAGCUCCCUCGGCCUGAUCGACCGCAUCAAGCGCGCCGACUGCUUCAUUCACAACCUGAGCUGGAUCGCCCACCAAGUGCAGUGGACUUUGCGGCUCUGCAAGCCAGAGUUGAUGCGAUCGAGAGACAAUUUUGUAAUCGUCACACGAUCCGUGAUGAGAAUGAGCCGCUCAUGCUAACGCCAUCGGAUCAUAAUAUUGAUGAUCCCAACAACGGCUCUUCGGUCAGCGUCCUGUCUACUGAGACUCACUCCCUCCACACCUGCAGUGCUUUUCCAGUCUCUGCCUUUCUCGACAUCAGCCGAUUUGACACUGAGGCACCUUCCGAAAAACUGUGUCGCCCGGACAUCCGAGUACCCGAGAGCGUCCUUUUGGCCCUUGAUCAAAGCAGCAAAGUGCGAAGCUUCAGCGACGAGUAUUUCAAAACCGUACACAUUUGGUUUCGGUUCAUAUCCGCCAAGAAGCAAUUUGAAACUCCAUUCACUGAGAAUAGUCAGCCCGACCUGGUCGCGCUUGCUCUGGCAAUGAGACUCGUCACAUCCAGCCCCGAUGACAACACUUCUAGAGAACUCUAUGGUGAAACCAAGAGCUACUUGUGCGCACUAGAGUCUGGCGGGUUUGUGUCAUUACCAACCCUUCAAGCAAUGAUUCUCGCUACACUUUACGAAUAUUGCCACGCAGUCUAUCCUGCUGCAUGGAUGAGCAUUGGAGCAUGUACUCGGUACAUCGAGCUGUUGGGCGUAUCCUGGGCAACAAGAGACACAGCUUUCCAAGGAUCAACCGAUACCAUUUUGCUAGGAGAGCCCACACUGUGGUUCGAAACAGACGAAGAAGAAAGAAGAAGGUCAUGGUGGGCUGUGUUCAUACUUGAUCGACUCAUGUCUGUCGGGAGCAAGCGCCCGUGUGCACUAUCGAGACCUCAGGAAGACAUGAAACUUCCUAUGCAUGACGACAAGUGGGAAUCUCGGAACUAUGACAAGAACUGGGAAUUUGAUUACCAAAUUUACCCGAUAAUUGCUGCCGAACUGUCCGGGUUCUCACGACUUUGCGAAGCCGCCCUCUUCACCGAUCGUGCGCUUGUCCUGUCCCGCGUGGAAGGGAUACUCGAUCAAACUCAUCUUGAAAAUGUAAUCUGUGUGUCAAGGAAAAUCCAGAAAUGGAUCGAUAUCAUCGACCAAGAAUCCAAUUCGCCAAGCAGACCCGACCUUGAUCUUCGACUGAUGGGACCCCGCUUCGCUGCUCGUUCGGCUCUAUUUCUUUGCCUAAAAAAGCUCACAUUUCGAGUCAAGAUUACCCCAGAUGGCCCCCAAAUCUUGGAUCUCCAAAACGAGGUCGAUUCAGAAAAUCAUGAAGCCUACAAGAUACAAUUAUGCGCCGCGAGGGUCGUAUGGCAGGCGAGUCUGGACGUACGAAACCUUGCGAAAGCCUUUUCCGAUCAACUUUUCGACGGGCAGAACCCGAUCGGCAAUCUUGGCAUUAUUUCGCCUUUCGUACUUGAUGCUGUGUAUAAUGCAUCCGCCAACCUUCAUCGACUCUCGGAUCACAAAGACGCCAACCAGGCCUAUCAUUCCGACAUCCUUAGUUUAGCAACCUUCUUGGAUGAGCUCAGUAUGCGCUGGAGAUCUGCAGGAGAAUACAGGAAGCUGUGUGAGAAGCAUCUUGGCAGCACGCAAGGCCUGUUGGCGGAGAAUUGA